AAAACUUGUAUCAGCUAAAAUAUUUCAGGAAAGUAUUGACUUCCUAACAGGAUUAAACAGCAGGCACUUGCAAUUGCAGGUAGGAUUUCAGCUUCUAACAUUACUGGCAUUACGAAAAGGGAAGUUUUUGUUCAUAUAAUUUGUUGGUCUGUUGUAGAAAAUGUAGAAGCCGUACUGUGUUUAUUCAUUCUACCACAUGCAGAGCUCCAGCUUGCUAAAUAAGAAUUUAAGACGAUAGACAGUGCAGUUUUGAUCAGCUGGAACAAUUAGCCCCUUUGUGCUUUGGAUUUCUGCAUUUGUCCUUUCUAUGCCUUUUUCCACCCCUCUUGUCAGCAUGCAGCUCAGACUUCAGUGUCCACACUCAAAAGCCCUCUGUGUGUGAACACAAAAUAGGGGCUAUAUACGGCCUCUCUCCUCCCUCUCUUUCUCCUGCUCUCCCUCCCUGCCCUCCUUCUUUUAUUUUCAUGCUCACAGACUUGUUCAUGUCCCCUGACAGAGAGACUUUGACGUCACAGGUGGUUACAUGAACCUCCCUGCUGUGCUUUAUUCAGCAGGAUCAGUUUUGGAAUUGAAAGUGAAGGAGGAGGCAGCACAGGUCGGAGGCAUCAGGUGUGCACGCAGAGUGACGGGGGAGAAAGAGGAGAGGAGGAACAGCAAAUAGAUGAAUGGGAGCAGUGGCAUCGGAUCUGUGAUGAGACUAUCACAGGAGUCAAAAUGAGCGCGUUAAGAUCAGACAUACGAGGAGCCUCAAUAAGGAGAUUGACUUCCACGAAUCGUCUGGAAAUGGAUGGACAACAUGAUGGAGUAGGACAACUUUGAAGAAUGCUCUGUCUUGUGCACUUGUUUCUCUUUGGGUAAUUGCAUGAAGGUAGAAUUUGAACUUGCUGGACCAUGGCUGGCAAGCAAGGGAGACAAUGGAGGUCCAUGUGCAAAGGCCUCAUCCUGGGAACACUUCUAACCAGCUGUAUGAUCCUGCUUUACUGUCUCCCCAUCCAACAAGCCAGUUUCAACCCACCUGAGGUCCCAGUGCCUUACUCCUGUGCCCAUCGUCCAUCCCAUCUUCACCCUAAAACAUCCACCAACAUUUCCCAAAAAAACUCCAGCCAGUCAUGCUCUCCUAAAGUGGACAUAAUGUUCAUGAAAACACACAAAACUGCCAGCAGCACUUUCCUCAACAUCCUGUUCCGUUUCGGAGAGAAACACCAUCUUCAGUUUGCCUUUCCCAACAGCAGGAAUGACUUCUUUUAUCCAUCCCUUUUCCAACGUUCCCAGGUCAAAGACUACAAACCUGGAAUGUGCUUUAACAUCAUCUGCAAUCACAUGCGGUUCAAUGCUCCAGAAGUGGCUAAACUACUUCCUUUAGACACAUCCUACAUCACCAUUCUGAGAGACCCGGCAGAACUUUUUGAGUCAUCAUUCCACUAUUUUGGCCGGAUAGUGCCUUUUACCUGGACGAUACCGGGUGACGACAAGCUGACGGAGUUCCUGCUUGACCCUCACAGCUACUUUGAUCCAGAGGGCUUUAAUUCCUUCUACCUCAAGAACCUGCUGUUCUUUGACUUUGGACUUGACAACACUCUGGAGCUGGAGAAUCCACAGGUAGACGAGGGAAUCAGAUUCAUCUCGGAGCGCUUCUAUCUGGUCAUGUUGGUGGAACACUUUGAGGAAUCACUGAUCCUGCUCAAAGAUGCUCUAUGCUGGGAGAUGGACGACUUGCUCUUCUUCAAGCUCAAUGCCCGCAAGGGAUCCACUGUGUCUAAACUUACCCCUGAGCUGAGGGCCAGGGCUCUUGAGUGGAAUGCCAUUGACUGGAAGCUAUACCGGCACUUCAACCAAACGUUUUGGAAGAAGGUAGAUGCCUAUGGACGGCAGCGUAUGGCCAAAGACGUGGCAGAACUUAGGAAAAGAAACAAAGAGAUGGCAUCGAUCUGCAUUGAGGGAGGCCAUGCAGUAGAAGCCGGCAGCAUCCAGGAGACAGACAUGCAGCCCUGGCAGCCAAUAGGAGAGAAGUCUAUCAUGGGCUAUAACCUAAAGAAGAAUGUGGACAAAACACAUCGGAAGUUGUGUCGUAAGAUGUUGAUGCCAGAGAUUCAGUACCUGACAGAACUGGGGGUGAACCUGUGGAUCACCAAGCUGUGGGGCCAUGUUCGAAACAUCCUUAACUGGUGACUUAGCUUCUGAGCAUGAAGCUCACCAAUUAAAAGAAGAAGAAAAGUAUAUCAGAAUACAGUUGGCAGAUGUCACAGUCUACACCGAACACACUCUGCAAGAACACCAGAAACUUUGUAGUGUUCAGCUUUGAAACACUGAAAGGGAGUGGAUAUGUUCACAACAAACUAAGUAGCCUCUGAUGAAAUCAUAAUUGUUGCCAUACCAACUAAAUCUUUAAGGGAACAUAGAACGGUUUAUAAUAUUAACUUAUGAAUAUCAAACUGUCCUUGAUGAAAAUGUUUAACUUGGAUGAAAGGAUUCUGAAUGAAGGGUAAAAAUAUGGUGUGAAAACAGUCAAUGUACAAGUAUUAAAUCUGACACUGCUGCAUUUAAAAGGUAACACUGGCCAAACAUUAAACAGAAAAAAAAUCUAACAAAAACAUUUUUACAAAAAUAUCAGGAACAUUAUAAGAAAUUGUAAUAAAUAUGUAUAAUAAUGAUGGUUACCUUUUAAGAGUAGCACUUGAAAGGCCUUAAAACAGGGUGAUUGUAUAAUUCAUGGUAUUAACAACAGAUCAAAUACUUGUUAUUCUGAUUAUCUAUUGAAUAAUAUGAGGAAAAUCAUCAAAUUAAUCAAAAAGGAAGUAAAGCUCUAUGCAAUCAAAACAAGAAUUGUUUUUUUUUUUAUGUUCUUAAUGGUAUUUGAGAUUUCUGCUACAUUUUGCUUCUAGAGGGUCUUUUCUCUUUCUAAUGUCAGGUCUUAAGCAGCAUGUUCGUCUAUAAGUUGUGUUGGCAGGAUUUUUAGCUGAACGAUUAUAUCUGUGUAUUAUAAAUUGUGAGAAGUAAAUAUAUAAUUUCUCUUCUGUGCUUUGAUGGUGAAUAACGGUGUUAAACAUGAUCUGCAUCCCUGAUUGUAUGCAGCCUUGCUGUCAUAACCUUCAGUGGCAGAAGGAAAUCAAUAGGGAAAAAGUUAUAUUUUUUAUUACUCUACAGCAUUGCAUGUUUCUUUAUUUUGAUUCAUCUAAUGAUAAAUCAUCUGUUUCUAUGUCUGUUUUUUUUUCUUGUUUUCAGCACUUUUUAAGGGAUUUAUUUGUUCACUAAUUUAUCUGCUGCCUACUGGUUUCCAUACGAUCCCUCAUUGAUACAGACAAUAUGUCAUAAUUUUAUUAUUAAUUAGGUAAAAGGUAACAUUUUCUAUGUUCAAACCAAAAGAAAGUAAUUUAAAGCUGAAAGUUUCUUCUGAUGUUAUUUUUCCAAGUUUACUAUACUAUAUGAUGCAGAAUAAGUCUGCCAACAAUGGGUGUAAAUACUAACAACCGUCAUUAGUAUCAAAUCUGACAACAAACCAGUUUUUCCUUGCAAUUAAACAGCAAGAAAAAUUACAAACUAGACAUUAAACGUAAGAGUUACAGGUAAUCCAGAUAAAUGCAUACAAACACAAUUUUUUUUUCUUUCCCUGUCUGACAUUAAAGUAGAUUCAACUUUUUCUGUUUUUG